AUGGAUGAGAAAAAUAUGACUAUGAUCACUGUGAUCCACCUCUUAGGAUUUUGGACUCCACCGAAUGUAACCUGUUUGGUAUUCUUUCUAUUUCUUUUGCUUUAUUGUGUGACAAUAUGUGGAAACCUCCUGAUCAUCACGCUGGUGUCCUACAGCAAAACCCUCCAUUCUCCCAUGUACUUCUUCCUUUCUCAGCUCGCUGUAUCAGAUAUCUUGUUAGCAACUGAUGUUGUUCCUAACAUGCUCCAUGCUUUUUGGGUGGAAACCACUACCACCAUUUCUGUUUCUAAUUGUAUCACCCAGCUGUAUUUCUUUGCUGUCUCAGAAACCUCUGAGUGCCUUCUUCUGACAUUGAUGUCUUACGACAGAUAUUUGGCCAUCUGUAAGCCGUUGCAUUAUUCUAUGUUAAUGAACCACCGAUUUUGCUGGAUGACGGUUAUCACAAGUUGGAGUUUAAGUUUCAUAGCAGUACUGAUUUAUACUUUAGACAUAUCAAAAUUGCAUUUUUGUGGUCCCAAUAUCAUCAAUCACUUUUUCUGUGACCUUGACCCAAUCCUUCAGCUCUCCUGCUCUGAUACCACCCUUGUUCAGCUAUUAGUUACAUUAUCAACUUUAACAUUUGGUGUCAUCCCGUUUUUCAUCAUCAUUGUAUCAUAUGUUUAUAUUAUAGUCACCAUUUUUGAAAUCCCGUCUAUUACUGGGAGACAGAAAGUUUUCUCAACAUGCAGCUCCCACCUGACUGUUGUUUCUAUAUUUUAUAGUACCUUACUUUUUGUGUAUUUGAUACCUAGUAGGGGACAGUCAUUGAACAUUACUAAAUACAUUUCAUUACUGUACACUGUACUCACCCCACUGAUAAAUCCAAUUAUAUACAGCCUGAGGAAUAAAGAAUUGAAAAAAGUUGCAGGAAAAAUGAUUAACAACUUUUUGAGGUUUCAUUUCUGUAGUCAUUAA